UCAUCUGUAAUAGUAUUUUAGCGGGAAUGUCUUGUUUUCCGAAAGUACCUACCUAAAACAAAAACAAACUAAUCGCUAUUGAUUAUGUAUCCGACUUCUUAUUAUUAGAGUGUAUCUUUCGAUUCGAUUAAUAUUCGUGAAGUAAAUAACAUAAAGUUUACAAUUUGAAAUGGACGAUUCACAAAGUUCGGACGUAUUUUCUGAAACGAGUAUUGAAGUUAACAACUCUGUAAUUACAGUAUCCAUUAUGGAUGCAGACACAUAUAAAACUCUAUUGCAUAGUUUAAAAUCCUCAUUAUGUAAGGACAAGAAACAGAUAUCAGUUAAAUAUUUUAAUGAAAUUUUACGUGACUGUGAAAUAUGCAUAUAUCAGUGCUUAAAUGUCAUAGCGAGUGCAUUAGAAGAUACGAAUUUGGAAUUUAUAAGACUGUGUGAGCAUAUAGAAGAUGCAGUAUGUUUACUUCAAGUGCUAUCAAGCUCUAUAAAAAAUGCAAUAGAGUCCUUUGCUUUGGCUUGCUGUAGUAUAAAGGCAUAUCCCACAAUUACAGGAAACAUUAUUUUGUCGGUGUUUACUCACUGCAAGGAUAGUGAAUGUUUGUAUGGAGUUAAUAUAUAUAAGGUGGAGAAACAGUUAAAAGACUUGUUCCGAACUUGCCAUGAACUGCAACUAACUUAUCUAAUGUCAAUGGAAAAACACUAUGCAUUUGAUUUAAGUGAAACAGAUCAAUUGGAUGUCUUAUUGAAAGCUUUAGAUAUAAAUCUAAAAAUUGGUGAAGUAGCCCAAGCCCUGGAUGUUAAAACUAUGGCGGAGCAGUGGAAAGCCUACACAGCAAUAUGUGAAAAGUAUUCCAGAUAUUUGUUAGACAAACAAAUAUAUAAUAAGUGUUCAAAACUCUUCAUUGAUAUGAUAAAAAACAACAUGAAGACAGGUGUAGAGGUAAACGAUGAUAAGACGAUAUUGCGAUCGGUAAAAGUUGCAAGUUUUGGGAUCAGAAUAUUAUCAAAGAUAUGUAAUAUAUUCAAAGACGCAACAACUCAUGAUCAUGAAAACAUAUUGGAUACAUUAAUAUAUUUGUUUACCUUCAACAGUUCAUACUUGGAUUUGAAACAAAAAUCGAAACUUUCGAGACAAGUAGAAUCAAAUAUUACAGUUUCAUUGGAAGUACUUCUCAAUCAGCUUGCAACUGAUACUAAAUUUCUUCAUUGUGUUUAUAACUUCAGUGAGAACAACUUUCAAGAAGAUGAAUAUUUUGGUUAUAUUUUACUACUUGCAGCAAUAAUGAGAAAACUUUUAAACAUUCCUAUGGAAUCUGGUGGUAUAAGAAUACGCAUAAUAAGACGUGUGUUUUCAUUACUACCUUCAGGUCACACAUGGUUUAACAUUGCUUUGAAGUUUAAGAUUGGUAGAGAAUGUGAAGAUCAGACCUAUAGUUUAUUUGCUUAUUUACUAACAGUCACAGUGGCGUUUGCCAAAACAUUUAAUUCUGAAGAAUUUUCUAUCCUAGAACGAAUUAUGUAUGAGAGUUUGUUGAAUACUGAUUGCUAUAGAGCUGUUUUUGCAGGAAACUUAUGGGUGAUCUUAUUAAGAUCAUGCGAUCCAAGACUGCUUUCCAACACACUCAUGUCUUUAAUAAAAGUGUAUCAAAAACUUACAAACAUUAAAUCAUUCAAUGGUUCCCCACAAAAAAUCUUUCUCCUCUAUACCUUGAGAAGAUUAUUUCAACAUUGUUCACAACAGGAUAAAUUGUUAAUAUAUAAACAAUAUAAUAUACUGGAUAAACAAAAUAUGAAUGUAUGGAUCGGUUUGCGGAUAUCGAAUUUGCCAUUGAACGUGCAGUAUAAUGCAGAACAUUUAGUUUUCGAUAAGUUACAAAAAGUGUUCCAUGGUUUGAGAAUAGAUGAUGAUGAAGGCGUUGAUAAUAUGAUUCAAUUGAUUAAUUUAGCAGCGACCUGUAAACACAACGAUGACAACAUUAUAGAAUUAUUAGACAAAAUGUGGGGAAGAGCUUGUCCUAAAUGUAACUAUGAAGUUAGGGAAUUUGACGAGAGCUCCGUUUGGUAUUUUAGAUAUGUUGAAGCACUGAUUUCCCUCACUGAAUCUGUAAGGGAUAGAAUUACGAAACAUGUUAAAAUUAAGAUUCUCCGUAUAAUUGCCAGGAUACUCAAAUCAGAAAACCUGGAUCUUAUCUAUCUCUCAUUACCAACGUUUUGUGCUUUAUAUGAUCGUCACUUAGAUAUACAAUCAAAUAUCUUGCACGAUGUCUUCGAAAAAGUACUUAUUAAUACUGAUUUUGCGUCACGACAAUAUAUAUUCAAUGUGGUUAGAAAUUUGUUUUUAUCAAAGGAAUUUUGUGACAUAGUGCAGGAAGAUUCAUUACAAGAUAUAUUGACUGAAUUUAAAGAGUAUGAUAACAUACAAAAUAAUAUGAAUGUAUUGAAAAAUCAGCUUGAAAAUGUACAGCGAAAUGAUUUUAGUCAUAAGUGCUUGAAAUCUCAAGUAUGUAACACGGUUUCGGCGCGCAGUCAAAGUAAAAGUAAUUUCGAUUUGGCCGAUAUUGACACACUUUUUGAUAAUGAUAGUGACAAUGAACCGAGUUGCAAACGAGUUAAAUUGAAUGUGAAUGAAAUCGAAGCUCUAGUAUUGAGGAUAGAAGCAGAUGCUGCUUCAUUGUGUGAACUCAAAGAAAAUGUUUUGAGCGAAGAUCAUAGAAGAAGAUUAUCUGAUGUCUGUGUAAAAGUUAGGAAUAUAAUUGAAAAUUGAAAUGU